AUGUCUUUCGAUAAAACAGAAUCAUUAUUAACUGUAUGUGAUGAUUUAACUCAAGUCAAGGGGAAUGUUUCCCAGUUUCAAGCAAUGGUUAACAAUAUCAUUAGUAAAGCACCAACAAGAGAAGAAUAUGAAAAGCUAUUGAAAAUUAUUCGUCUUGGUGAAGCUCCAGGUGAGACUGUGCAAACAAUUGAAAGACUAGAGCAAUUGAUGACUGCUCUGCAAACAAAAGUUGCUGUUCGAUUAAAAGAAUUAUAUUUGGGAGGGUAUUUGCCAUUAUUAACAUCACUUUCAAAAAUCAAUUUCAAAUCAAAUGUUGAAGAUCAAUUUGUUUCUUAUUUUUUGGAUUAUAAUCCAGUAUUACCCAGUAAUGUUGUUCAAGAUUUAAGAGUUCUUCAAGGUAAAAAACCUGAUACCCUUACUGCUCCUAUUGAUAUUAUUUCCUAUCCACCAACUUUGCCUGCAAUUAGUAGUACAAUACUUUUGAUUAGAAUCAUGACUGAUAGAUCGUAUCGUCAACCUCUGGAUUUCAUUGAACUGUCAUCUAGUGACUAUAAUAAAAGUCAUAAUGGAAGAUUGGUUUUGAGAGGACGAGCAAUCAUGCAACUUUGUCUUGUUGAAGUAUUGGAAGAAAGUUACCCUCGUCUACUUGAUGAAGAUAUACAAUUUAUUAGUCAUAAAUUAAUGACACCAAUUAUUUUAACCAAGUUUGCAUUUGGUUAUAAUUUAGUUGAUCAUUUGAAAUAUAACUUUUCCGUUGAUGCUGAUUAUGAAGAAAAGUUGCAAAUCAUUGGCAAUAUUUUUUUGGCAUAUAUGGGUGGACUUAAAACCGAGGGUUAUGAUUUGAAUGAUUUGAAAUUGUUUGUUAAAAGAUUAUAUGAACCAGUUAUUGCUGAUUAUAUGAAUAAAAAUGAUGUUUUAUCAAAAGUUGCUCUUGUUGAAUUGGAUCUUUUAUUCAAACUGGUGACUAAUAUGUUGUAUCUUCCUCGAGAGAAUAUUCGAUACGAGAUAAUUCAAGUUGAAUCUGAUCCUCAUGUGGCCAGAAUAUUGGUGGAUAAUGAAGAAUUGGGUUCUGGGGUAUCAUCAGUAAGUUUUGAAGAAGCCAAAUGUCGAGCUGCCCAAGAUAUUUUGAAUGAUCAGGGUCGGAUAAUGAAAAUAUGGGAGAUUUUGAAAAAUAAUCAUAUGAAGAAUAAUACCACUAAGUCGGUCAUUAAAACAGAGAAUCCGGAAACCGUCAUGCAAAUCCCAAUACAACAAGCUCCUCCAACUAUGAGUUCUCAUGUAGGUACACCUGUUGUUGAGCAUGCUACAGAGUCACCUUCAAUACAAAACCUAACAACAACACCCAUAUCCCCAUCGUCAGCAAAUGCAAAUACAAGACAAACGCCACCCCAAUUUGCAAUGCAGCCGCCACCAUCACAACAAUCAUUUGCAUUUGCACAACAACAUUAUCCCGGAGUUGCCUAUCAAACACCAUUUCUACAACCACAACAAUACGGAGGUGGUGCACCCAUCGGCUAUUUUCAUCCAAUGCAGCAACAGCAUCUACACUCACAAGCAGCAGCAGCAGCGGCAGUAACAGCAUCACCACAGCUAUUGCAACAACAUGCACAGGCACAAACCCAAACUCAAGCCCAAGCCCAAGCCCCAGCACGAUCUCAAGUACAACCACCUUCCAGCGGACCUUUAUAUGAUCAAAAUGCUACAAGUAAGAAUGGUGAGCAGAUUUAUGUUGAUCAAUACGGUAUACCACAUUUAGGUACUGGAUGUAAGAAAGUUGAUACUAAUGCUAAAAAUGAUUUAUAUUCGAAAUUGGGUAAAGCAAAAAUUUCCACCCCUCAAUAUGAGGAUAAAAUAUCCCCUGAAAAAGUUUAUCAUGUUCUUGUUCUGGUUAAAGGUAUUUAUUUGGGUGGUGGAUUUGAUUUGAAUAAGAAAUUAGCUGCUCAAAAAGCAGCAAUGUGUGCAUUGGUUAAUACCCCAAAAUUAGCUGAAAUAGGAUUGUAG